UGCAGGAUACGUUGUGCGGAGCAGGUAUAGUUCAAAAUUUUAAGUAAACCAAAGGUGAGCACACUUACAAACAGAGUGGCUGAAUCCAAAAAUAACAUAGUCCAAGAAAACAAAGGUGAUCCAACAGAAAAAUCAGAAACAGGUGCGUGAUACAAAAUCCAAAAAACAGGCCGGAAACAAGCAUGACAAGACAGCGCAUUUGCACACGACAAUACGAGAUACGAGACAAGACAGAUAUGAAGUAACUUAAAGAUGCGGGGGAAUAAAAUAAUAAAGGCUACACAGAGACUAAAGCAGUAUGAACAAAAUCAAAUUAAUUAAUGAAACCGGUAGAGAACAUAAAUGACACCUAACAGUCGGACAGACGGAACCCAGACACAGAGAAACCAAAAUCAAAACACAGAGAAGGCAUGGCCAAAAUAAUAUAACCCAGACCAGCUCAGGACAGGAUCGUGACAAUAUUGUUCACAAAUCAGUCAAAAUCUGUGUUAGUGAGCACUUCUCCUUUGCUGAGAUAAUCCAUCCACCUCACAGGUGUGGCAUAUCAACAUGCUGAUCAAACAGCAUGAGUAUUGCACAGGUGUGCCUUAGGCUGGCCACAAUAAAAGGCCAUGUAACCUUGUUUUAAUCAACCACAGGGGGAAAGGCUAAUUUUUUUAAAUUUAAAAGCUUGAAAAUGUUUGUUAAACCUUAAAGUCAAAUCUUGUCUUAAAAUCAUUCACCUCUAGAGAUUGAAUAUGCAAGACUUCCACUUUAUACUGAAAUGAUAUUCAAAACACUAAAACAGCAGUGCAAUAUUUGCCCCUUUUCAUUACUAUAACAUAACUAUAAUUAGUUUUAUGCAACAAUGAAUCUACCUAAAACACAGUCUGUAAUGCACACUAACCGGAUGAGUGUCCCAUCAGUAUUUCCAUCUUCCUCAUGCUUUUUCAGUUUAUCAAAAAAGAAAAUAUACUUGUUAGUUCUAUAAAAUAUAUAUUUAAUGUAGUCAAUGUGAAGGUGUGGCAACAAUUUUGAUAAAUGUUUAAGUCACUUUUCAUGUAAAACAUUUCAUGGUUCCAGCUUCACAGAUGUGAAGAUUUGUAGCUUUUCCUUUUGAUUAUUUUCAGGCAUUUUUAGUAAUUUUGAGGUUUGGACUGACAAAACAAGCAUUGUGAAGGAGUCACUUUGUAUUUCUCACAACUUUUACAACUGAUUAAUGGAGAAAAUGAUGAGCAGAUUAAUCCAUAAUGAAAAAAGUCAUUAAUUGCAGUGUGACAAAACAUAGUUCAACCUCAACCAACUACAACAAUAAAAUUCUGCUUUUACAUUAACACGAGUAAUAAUAAUCUAAUGAUAUCAUAUAUAAUAGGCAGUCACAUGGGACAUGGAAAUAUUUGGGAACAAAACAUGAGAUACAUUCCAAAUUUAAAUAUCAAUAUGAGUCUGCCUGGGUAGUUAAAUCUUUUUAGGACAUGUUAUGGCCUGAAGAAAAAGAAAGCAGGAAAGAAAUGAAAGAAAAUAAACUCAAAUAAAAUAAAAAAUAAAUACAAACUUAAUUAAUUAGAAAAUAAUAAUAAAAAGAAUUUAGAAUGUUUUAUGCAGAUGACAUGACAAAAGGCAACAUUCUACAAUAUGUGCUCAUAAAAGCUCAGAGCUUCCAGCAGUCAGAUCAGUCCAGUCACCAGACUAACAGACACACAUUUUGAUUCAGAGCAACCACAGACAUUUUCAGUAUGGAGACAAGUGGAAAAGACAAUAGUAAAAAAGGCGGGAACAUGCUUUAAAAAGUCAUCCUGUGUUCCUGGAAUCAAGAAGUAGACUGUAAACUGUAGAACAAGAGCAGUCUGAGGAACCAACAUCCUACAACGAAGACGAGAGGGAGGAACCCUAAGCUAUCGAGGUAGCACCCUGCCAGCAAGACAAAGAGGAGAGAGCCAAUAAGGAACCACCCUCAGCAGGGACAGAAAAGGGUACAUCAGGAGUUUAAAUUGAUGAAAAAGAGAAUUCGGCCUCAGAAAAUGCUGAGCAUCACUCAGAGAACCCCUGAGGAGUCCCAGAUUCCCGCAGCACCUGUGGAACCGCAGCCAGCUGUAACACCUGAACUAGCGCUGGCUGUGACAUCAGGACCAGAGCCAACUCCCAAACCACAUCCUGCUGUGAAACCUGAAGAACCACAACCCGCUGUGACACCUGAAGAAACACAGCCUGCUGUGACUCAAGAUGCUGAUGUGAAAACCAGUGAUGAGUUGGAGAUCUACCUUGAGAAGACCCAGCAAGGUCUGAUUCUGAUCCCUGAGCUUGAGCUUCAUUGGAUCAUGGGCAAGAAGGAGGAGAAGAUAUCUACAUUAGAGAAAGAAAAGGUGGCCUUGCUCAAUGAGGUAGGGCAGUUGAAACAACUGCUCAAACAUCAAAGGGCAGAGGCAAACCAUGAGUUGGAGGUCCUCCUGGUUGAGUUUUCCACAAAACCAAAGUCUGCUGUGACACGCAAACUGCAGCCUGCUGUAACACCCGAGGAACCGAAGCCUCCAGUGACACCUGGGGAGCCAAAGUCUCCUGUCACACCCAAAGACUCAAAGCCUGCUGUGACAACCGAACCACAAGAAGGUGCUCAUGAGAAAAUCAGUGAUGAGUUGGAGAGCUACCUUGAAAAGACCCAACAAGGUCUGAUUCAGAUCCCUGAGCUCGAGUUACAUUGGCUCGUGGGCAAGAAGGAGGAGAAGAUAUCUACAUUGGCAAAAGAAAAUGUGGCCUUGCUCAAUGAAGUAGAGCAGUUGAAACAACUGCUCAAACAUCAAAGGGCAGAGGCAAACCAUGAGUUAGGGGUCCUCCUGGUUGAGCUUUCUAAAAAACCAAAGCCUGCUGUGAAAAUCGGGGAACCAAAACCUAAUGUUACAUCCAGGGAACUAAAGCCUGCUGUGAUACCUGGGUCACAGAAGCCUGCUGAUACUCCUGAAGAACCACAGCCUGCUGUGACACCUGGAGAACCAAAGCCUACUGUGACAUCCAGGGAACAAAAGCCUGCAGUGACACGUGGAGAACCAAAGCCUAUUGUGGCAUCCAGGGAACAAAAGCCUGCAGUGACACGUGGAGAACCAAAGCCUAUUGUGGCAUCCAGGGAACAAAAGCCUACUGUGACAUCCAGGGAACCAAAACCUGCUGCUUUGACACGCAGGGAACCAAAACCUGCUGCUGUGACACAUGGAGAACCAAAGCCUGCUGCUGUCACAUUCGGGGAACCACAGCCUGCUGUGACACCUGGAGAACCAAAGCCUGCGGCUGUCACACCCGGGGAUCCACAGCCUGCUGUGACACCUGGAGAACCAAAGCUUGCUGCUGUGACACAAAGGGAACCAAAGCCUGCGUCUGUCACACCCGGGGAACCACAGCCUGCUGUGACACCUGGAGAAUCAAAGCUCGCUGCUGUGACACACGGGGAACCAAAGCCUGUGGCUGUCACACCCGGGGAACCACAGCUUGCUGUGACACCUGGAGAACCAAAGCCUGCUUCUGUGACACGCAGGGAACCAAAGCUUGCUGCUGUGACACACAGGGAACCUAAGCCUGCGGCUGUCACACCUGAUGAACCAAAGCCUGCUGCUUUGACACACAGGGAACCAAAGCUUCCUACUGUGACACACAGGGAACCGAAGCCUGCUGCUGUGACACGCAGGGAACCAAAGCCUGCUGCUGUGACACACAGGGAACCAAAGCUUGCUGCUGUGACACGCAGGGAACCUAAGCCUGCGGCUGUCACACCCAGGGAACCAAAGCUUGCUGUGACACCAAGGGAACCAAUGCCUGCUGCUGUGACACAUAGGGAACCAAUGCCUGCUGCUGUGACACCUGAUGAACCAAAGCCUGCUGCUUUGACACACGGGGAACCAAAGCUUGCUACUGUGACACACAGGGAACCAAAGCCUGCUGCUGUGACACGCAGGGAACCAAAGCCUGCUGCUGUGACACGCAGGGAACCAAAGCUUGCUGCUGUGACACACAGGGAACCUAAGCCUGCUGCUGUGACACGCAGGGAACCAAAGCUUGCUGCUGUGACACGCAGGGAACCUAAGCCUGCUGCUGUGACAUGUGGGGAAACAAAGCCUGCGGCUGUCACACCUGGGGAUCCACAGCCUGCUGUGACACCUGGAGAACUAAAGCCUGCUGCUGUGACACACAGGGAACCAAAGCCUGUGGCUGUCACACCCCGGGAACCACAGCUUGCUGUGACACCUGAAGAACCACAGCCUGCUGCUGUGGCAUGCGGGGAACCAAAGCAAGGUGCUGAUGUGAAAACCAGUGACAAGUUGGAAAUCUAUCUUCAGAAGACCCAGCAAGGUAUGAUUCAGAUCCCUGAUAUUGACCUUCAUUGGCUGAAGAUAUCUACAUUAGAAAAAGAAAAGGUGGCCUUGCUCAAUGAGGUAGAACACUUGACACUACUGCUCAAAAAUCAAAGGGCAGAGGCAAACCAUGAGUUGGGGGUCCUCCUGGUUGAGCUUUCUAAAAACAGGAAGACAAAAAGGGACGCUAUCCUUAAAACUGAAAAGCUAGAGGAAGCUCUCAAAAUUGAAAAAGAGAAGCGGAAGGAGGCAGAGACAUGCUUGGCCAAACAAAAAGAGGAAACUUCCAGAGCGAAGGCAGCACUGGCCCAGGCACACAAGGACCUGGAGAACGAGAGACACCAGUGGACUGAGUCCAGAUCCUGUCUACUGGCUAAGCAGUUUGAGGAAACCAACAGCAUGAAGGCAGCAUUGAAUCAGGCACAGGAGAAGCUGGAUAACGAGAGACGCCAAUGGCAAGUUGAAAAGUCCUGUCUCCUGGGGUCUAUCAGAACAACUGAGAAGACCCUCGAGGAGAAGGAGGGAGAGAGAACAAAAUCCAGGAGUGGCUUGAUGGAGAGUGUAAUGAAACUGGAAAAUCAGGUGGAGGAAGCCCAGAAAAAAACUAAGAAAAGAUCUUUGAGGAAAAGAUUCCUACAGGUCUUUAAAAAAACUGGAUAGACCACUUCUGCAUCUGACCUCUGACCUCCUCUGCCACACCCAUUCAACCUUCACCCAAGACCCCGUCAAACACCCCCUCCUCAGGAUUCCCAUCCCCCUACCUUACCACCUCUCCACCCCUUCUCCCCCACCUUCCCUCUUUCCCUCCCUCACCCCAGAUCCCCCACCUUCCCACCCCACCCCACCACAGUUCCCUCACCUUCCCACCUCACCAACUUUCUCACCCUCACCCCAGAUCUCCCACAUUUCCACCCCCACCCUCCCCCCACAACUCCCCCAACACGUAUCCUGUUACUAUAUGUAAUUUUUGUCCUGUCUUGUGUUCUUUCUCUUAAUAAAUGUAUGAAAUAUAUUUGGAAAGAGAAUGGUGUAUCUUUUUUAGACAACAUUCUUGUUUCACAAUAUCAAACAUAAAAAUCCCAAAAAUUUAAGAUCGACAACGUCAAAGACAGCAUGAAACAGUCAGUAUUGAAAAAAAAAACUUUAACUCUCUAUUUUGAAUUUGCAGUUUUUCAUAUUUUUCUGUUUUCUGGUUAUGCAGGUAAAAUACACUUAAAAUGUUUAUCUUUUGCUUAACCAAUCUACAUUUAUCACAGUCUGCACCACACAGGAGCCUUCAGGUAAAGUUUGUGUGUGUGAAAAAUAUGAUAGUCGGUGCAAAUACUGCACAUUAAACUAAUUCAAACACUUGAUCAGUCCCCCUGGUGACACUGGUGGAAAAUAUAAUAAUUUGUGACUGCGCAUUAUUAUUUUAAGGUCAACCAUUAUUCAACUGUGGCCACAAGAUACUACCUCAUUCCCACGUUUUAAUUAACUUUUGCCCACGAGAUGUUAAACAGCCAGGACAAUAGAACAGCUUUUCUGCCCAAAGCAGAGAGUGCACUGUGCCUGCUCCAGCUGCCGCCUGCUCAAAGCACUACUUGGUGAUAGCUAUAGAGACUAUUUGAUAAAGUUUUAUUUUAACUUGAGAGAUGAGUUAUUCUGGUGCAACAGCAGGCCAGCAGCAGUUGCAAUGAUUGCCCAGAGGACAGAAAACAGAGCCAAGAUAGGACCCAUGUUGGCCCAGCUUGGACUUGCUGCUGUUUACAUUCUCCCCAGAGCAGGCAUGUGCGGAGGGCGGUGCAAUGCGUGCAAUGGGUGCUUGAGCACCUGCCUUUUUGCCUUUGAUGCCCAAAAUGCCCUUUUGUCAAUGAUAAUGAUAAUAAUUUUUAAAUUUGUAAAGGUCAUUUUGUGAAGGCCUGCAUAAUCAAACUAUUAGUAAAAUGAUUUCGCAGUAACACUGUGCCGACAGCUAACGUUAAUUCUGCACACAGAUAAACAAAGGUGCUCUGUUCACUUCCUUCCUGCUGCUUGAGGGAGAAAAGUUUCAUGGGCGUCACAAGGUAUUGUAUUUUUUAUGUAAUUUGACUUUCACUUGAACUAGGAUUAUUACAGUAACUUAAUAAAAAAUGGAGUGUGCCUUAAAAUGAUUAUAACAACAUUGGUAAAACAGGUUUAUUACUUAUUCCUCCGAAUUAUAGCCUACUUAUCAGCCCUUUUUAAAACAAUUUAAACGACGAUUUAAUAGCAAACCUAUUAUAUGAACUAAAAAACUGUAAUAAUGUCAGUGUCAAAAUAAAAUAAAUAAUAUUCCUGACAGCAAAGUAAAGCGUGAAGAAGAAAUGGCCCUAUAUAGAUUUCAGACAAAGGUAUGAAAUGUUAAUGUGAAAGAUAAAUGCUGCUCUGUCAUGGUUAUUAUGGGCCAACAGAAUGAACACAUACACAUCUUUUUAGAUUUAUGAUUAGACAUAUAGUCAAUCAAAAUCCAAAUAUAUCUCAGAUUCACAAUGCAAUUUAUAAAAUCAUUAUCACAAUAUUGCCUAUAUAAACACACACACACACACACCUGUCUAUAGAUUUGUCUCACUCUUACCCCUGCCUUUCUCCCAGGCAGCCUUGGCAGAGGCUGCAGCACUACAGCAGGUCAGUCAUAGUGAGCCAGUCCCAAAUACUGUC